CUCUUUUUUUUUUCUUUCUCCUUCUCAAAGAAGCACAGAGAGAUGGAGAACACUGAAGCGACGUCGUCCGGAGAAAAUAAUCCAAAACCAUGGCAAUCUUAUCACACUGUCUACACUAAUGCUAAAGCUGGUAUGGAGGGAGUGGAUAAGGAGAAAGUUCAAAGAAUUGUAUAUGAAAUGAGUAAAGGUUCAAAGUAUUUUCAGAAUGAGGAAAAGAAAGAAGCUUUUAUGAGACAAAAGAUUGAAAAUAUGCGGGUGCAAUGCGCGAAACUAGCUCCGGCCAAUCUGGCUCAUUUUCAGACGGUUGCUGAUAGGAAAAUUUCGGAGCUAGAAGUUACACGCGAUCUUUCUAGGAUUUGGUUGCAUGUAGAUAUGGAUGCCUUUUAUGCUGCUGUUGAAACGUUAAGUAAUCCUUCUUUGAAGGGAAAGCCAAUGGCUGUUGGUGGCUUGUCUAUGCUUUCAACUGCUAAUUAUGAGGCACGGAGAUUUGGGGUUAGGGCCGCGAUGCCUGGUUUCAUUGCGCGUAAAUUAUGUCCAGAGUUGAUUUUAGUUCCGACUGAUUUCAAGAAGUAUAUUCAUUACAGUGAUUUAACAAGAAAAGGUUGGUCAUUUUUUGUUAAGUUUCUAAGGCAUGUUAUUGUAAAUUUUCUGAUCUGCAAAUCUUUAUACAUGUUUUACUUUGAAGUUUUCCAGAAAUAUGAUCCCCAUUUCAUGGCCGCUAGUUUGGAUGAAGCAUAUCUUGAUAUAACUGAUGUCUGUAGAGAUAGGGGCACUACUGGUGGAGAAAUCGCUGAAGAGCUCAGAAACAGUGUGUAUCAAGAGACUGGUCUAACAUGUAGUGCUGGGGUUGCCGCAAAUCAAUUGCUUGCAAAGGUUUGCUCAGAUAUUAAUAAGCCGAAUGGACAAUUUGUUCUACCAAAUGAUCGGACAGCCAUCGUAACAUUUAUAUCCUCCCUCCCUAUAAGAAAGAUUGGAGGCAUCGGUAAGGUCACUGAACAUAUUCUGACGGAUGUCUUAGGAAUAAAAACAUGUGAGGAUCUGCUGCAAAAGGGUGGAUUCCUCUGUGCACUGUUUUCUCAAUCAACAGCAGAUUUUUUCCUCUCUGUGGGACUGGGGCUUGGGAGGACAGAUACACCUCAAGCCAAGUUUAGAAAAAGUAUAAGUAAUGAGAGAACUUUUUCUGCCACAGACAAUGAGGCAUUUCUUUAUCAGAAAUUAGCUGAAAUUGCAGAGAUGCUAUCUUCUGAUAUGCAAAAAGAAGGGCUUCAUGGUAGGACAUUGACUCUCAAAUUGAAAACCGCAUCCUUUGAGAUACGAAGCAGAGCUGUGACUUUACAAAAAUAUAUUUGUUCAAGUGAAGACAUAUUGAAACAUGCUUCGAAGCUGCUAAAGGCUGAACUUCCCGUCUCUUUAAGACUGAUAGGCUUACGGGUGUCUCAUUUUAGUGAAGACAAGGCUGAGGCUCUAUCUGAUCCAACACAAAAAACUCUGAUGAACUUCAUUGUAACUGGCGAUGCAUCUAGAAAAAAUAUAAUGGGUCGAAGCUCGUUGGCUUCAGAUUGUAGCGAUCAGCCCUUCACAGAUGACAUAGAAACUGCCUUUUCUACCGACAGUCGUGAGAUUCAACAUGAUGAAACUAGAGAUUCAUUAAAUGUACAGGAUUUGGAUGGUCAUAACUGCACAAUCAGUAGUAACAUAGAAGUGAAUACUAGGGAUACGGUAAGAUGUAACACAGAAUUUACUUCGCCUGAGCAUACUGAUGGGAGAAAUGCGGACACGAGCAAUGAGGCUGUCUUACCCAAAUGCAAAAAUGAACUCUUUUGGAUUGAUGACUACAAAUGUUCAUUUUGCGGAAUUGAAAUGCCACCAGAUUUUGUUGCGGAAAGGCAAGAACAUUCUGAUUUUCAUUUCGCCGAGAGGCUUCAGAAUGAGGAGUCUAGCAUCAAUACUAGAACUUCUAUCCCGAGGCAAAGGUUAGUAAGCAAGACCGACGCCUCUGGCCAAAGCACACAGAAGAAGGCCAAGCUGUCCCGGGAUAAAAGUCAUAUUUCCAUCGAUAUGUUCUUUACAAAGAGCAAUCAGAAUUUCUAGUAUUCUUAUCAUGCGUAUUUAUAAGUCUUUGUACAUAAAGUAUAGGCAUGUAUACCAUAUUAAAAACAUAACCUUUGUUUCUAAUUAUAUAUGCCAAUUCAUUAGCUGCCAUGUUGUAAUUGUAAUUUUUAGUUCAAACACUUAAUAAAAGCUUCAGGCUGUUUGUGUAGCUAGUCGACACAAGUUAUGUUAAA